GCGUUCGUACCGCCACGAUGGCUGAGAGCGCUCCCGCUGCCGCCGCCGAGACUGCGCCCGCAGCACCGGCCCCCGCCGCCAAGGCUGCCGCCAAGAAGCCGAAGAAGGCGGCGAGCGGCUCCAAAGCCCGCAAGCCCGCGGGGCCCAGCGUCACCGAGCUGAUCACCAAGGCCGUGUCCGCCUCCAAGGAGCGCAAGGGGCUCUCGCUCGCCGCGCUCAAGAAGGCGCUGGCCGCCGGCGGCUACGAUGUGGAGAAGAACAACAGCCGCAUCAAGCUGGGGCUCAAGAGCCUCGUCAGCAAGGGCACCCUGGUGCAGACCAAGGGCACCGGCGCCUCCGGCUCCUUCCGCCUGAGCAAGAAACCCGGAGAAGUGAAGGAAAAAGCCCCGAUAAAGAGAGCAGCUGCAGCCAAGCCCAAGAAGCCGGCGGCCAAGAAGCCCGCCAGCGCCGCCAAGAAGCCCAAGAAGGCAGUGACAGCGAAGAGCCCCAAAAAAGCUAAGAAGCCAGCAGCCAAAAAGGUAGCCAAGAGUCCUAAAAAGGUGACAAAGGCUGCCAAACCCAAAAAAGCGGCGGCGGCAGCCAAGAGCCCGGCUAAGGCGAAGGCGGUGAAGCCGAAAGUGGCCAAGCCAAAACCUGCAAAGGCAAAAGUGGCCAAGGCAAAGAAGGCAGCGCCCAAGAAGAAGUAACGGCUUCACAGAAGUCGUGCUUCACAUUUAAACCCAACGGCUCUUUUAAGAGCCACCCACAUUUUCUUAAAAAGUGCUGAAAUUAUAAAAUUAGAUGUUCACGUAGAAAUUUUUUUUAUUAAUUGUGGAGUUGAUUACCUUGGUGGCUUUAGAGUAAAAGCCUUUGUAUGAGUUACACAAGUUCAUGAAUUUAAAAAUCAAAUACGGCUGAAACUCGUUACGAAACACUAGUGUUGAAGAAAAAGCCUUUGUGAUAGUUCUGAAAUUUUGCUGGCAUUUUGAGAGCAAUUUCAAUGCCUAGUCUAGUGGAAGCAGAGUUCAUGUUUAAACCUGCGUACAAGAGAAGGAAUGAUGAUCAAGGAAAGGGCGCUAAAAAAACCGUUACAUACAGUCAGUUUUUAAAUGCUUAAAAGCAAUUUAGCUCUUUCAUGAGGAAGUGGGUGGCUCUUAAAAGAGCCUUUGGGUUUCUCUUGGUUAUACUUCGCAGCGUGAUUCUCGGCGCUCACUUGGCUUUAGCCUUGUGGCUGUCGGUCUUCUUGGGCAGCAGCACGGCCUGGAUGUUAGGCAGCACGCCACCCUGCGCGAUCGUCACCUUGCCCAGCAGCUUGUUGAGCUCCUCGUCGUUGCGGAUGGCCAGCUGCAGGUGGCGGGGGAUGAUGCGCGUCUUCUUGUUGUCGCGGGCCGCGUUGCCCGCCAGCUCCAGGAUCUCGGCCGUCAGGUACUCCAGCACGGCCGCCAGGUACACCGGCGCGCCGGCGCCCACGCGCUCCGCGUAGUUGCCCUUGCGCAGCAGCCGGUGCACGCGGCCCACGGGGAACUGCAGCCCGGCCCGCGACGAGCGCGACUUGGCCUUGGCGCGCGCCUUGCCGCCCUGCUUCCCGCGCCCGGACAUGGCUACAACGACUCCGCAGCAGCAGCAACAGCGACAGCAGCACAACCGGAAAAGCCGAAGGAGCUCCCGGCCCGCCUCACCGCCUGCCUUAUAUACAGCCAGGGAGGAUCGGCAGCGCCUCUUGCGAUUGGCUGCGAGAGAGGACUCGUUCCGCAGCCAAUGGAAAUGCGAAUCCAAAACUGGCCAAUAGCGAGUCCCGGCGCCGGGUCCGGAGCCGACACAGAGCCAAUAGCGAGGCGGCGCUCUCGGCGGAGCUGCUAUAAAUGCGGCUGCCGAGGCGGUCUCUCUGCUGAGAGCUGUUAGUCGCUGUGUUUGUCGAGUGAGGGAGCUGCGGUCGCUGUCGCCAUGCCCGAGCCGGCCAAGUCCGCCCCCGCGCCCAAGAAGGGCUCCAAGAAAGCCGUCACCAAGACGCAGAAGAAGGGCGACAAGAA